AUGUCCCAAGACGACUACGAGCUGGAUUCCUACCAGCUAUACUUGAAGUACGAAGACACACCGCCGACAGAGGAUUGGAAACAAGCUGCUCUGAAUGGCCCGGCUUUACCUACUAUAGGCAAUGCUGUUGCUGGGGCCGUCGGUGCUGCAGCAUCCAACCUUGCCACCUACCCCCUCAGCCUUAUCAUUGCCAGAUUACAGACGCAGAAACAACGCAAGCAGAGAUCAGACGGAGAGAAAAGUGAUGAAGACGAAUAUACUGGAAUCCUAGAUGCCGCGCGUAAAAUAUACGCUAAAGGGGGGACCAGCAGUUUAUAUGCUGGCAUCACUCAAGACACAGCAAAAAGCGUGCUUGACGCCUUCCUCUUCUUCUUAGCGUAUGAGUUCUUCCGACAAAAGAGGAUUGCCGCAAGGUUUGGGUCUCAACGUCGGUCAAAGCGUACUGUUUUGCCUGUUCCGGAUGAAUUGGCGAUUGGGGUAUUGGCAGGAGCAUUUUCAAAGCUUUUCACAACACCAUUGUCGAAUAUCGUGGCUCGAAAACAAAUAUCGGGGCCUUCUUCUAGUUCGUCGGAUAUAGCAGCAAAAAUUCGGGCGGAGAAGGGCAUUGGGGGGUUCUGGUCAGGAUAUUCGGCAUCACUGAUUCUUACUCUGAACCCAUCGAUCACAUUUUUCCUUAACGAAAUGCUUAAAUACGCAAUUCGUCGUCGCAGCAAGAACGAGAAACCUUCUGCAGCAGUAACUUUCUUAGUAGCUGCCAUCAGCAAGUCAGCAGCGUCUUCGAUCACAUAUCCGUUCUCAAUGGCCAAGACUCGCUCCCAGGUCUCUGGCUCUGGUGCGGCCCCCGGAAAGAAACGCGCGAACACGAACACCGCCGGCGAACCGGAAGGGUCAGCUUUUAUGCCAUCAAUAAUCUCCAGUGUCAUUAACAUAGCUCGCACCGAAGGAGUUUCUGAACUUUACGCUGGUCUUCGUGGGGAAGUGCUGAAGGGUUUCUUUUCUCAUGGCUUUACUAUGCUUGCGAAAGACGCGGUAUACGCUGGGAUUGUACGAACAUACUAUCUUCUUCUCAUUAUCACUCGACGGUAUCCAAGUCCGGAAGAGCUGCUGGAGAGGGCUCGAGAGCGAGCUGAAGAAUACGCUGACGCCGCUCGAGAGGGUGCGAAAGGCCUCGCUGAGAAAGCGAAGAGCAGCACAGAAGAAGUCCUGGACAAUCACUCGGGUAAUAUAGCGGUUGACAUGACGUCCAAUGCAAGCCCAGUGGAUGUCGAUGCGAUGGCGUCCAACGAGACAGCGGAGCUGGUCGGUGACUACGUGGAGGACCAGGCCAGCGAAUGGAAGAGUCUGUACCAUUGGUUCUGGGAGAAGGAGAAAGAAUUGUACAUUAAUUAUUCUACAUACAUUGUCUCUCUCCCCAUCGCUUCCACACUUCCGUGGUUUAGCCUCUCUAUGUCGACCGAGCCGCAAGGUGGUCCUGGUCUGGGGGACCUUGAGAAAGAGCUGACUUGCUCGAUUUGCACAGAUUUGCUCUUUCAGCCGCUCACCCUCCUUGACUGCCUUCAUACUUUCUGUGGAUCUUGUUUGAAAGAAUGGUUCUACACCCAAGCAUCUCGUCGAUCGUCCUCCUCCGCCCCUCGAUAUACUUGCCCCUCGUGUCGUGCGAAAGUUCGCGAAACUCGUCCAAAUGCUACCGUCACGACACUCCUGGACAUGGUGCUGACCGCCAACCCUGAGCGUGCCAAGCCAGCUACUGAACGGGCUGAGAUUGAACAACGAUAUAAGCAUGGGGAGUCAGUUUUCCCCCCUAUCACUUCUCCCGGUGAUAGCUCCGCGGGGUCUGAUGGAGAGGACCAGAGAAUGGUGGAGGAGGUUCGUCAGUUGAGCCUACAGGAUUCUCAGAGCCAAUCGACAACAACUCAUAGGCAGCGGCAAUCUUCAAUCAAUCGCCGGAUGGAUAUUGCGGAGCUCGACCACCAACGAGAAGACAGUCGGUCCCGGCGACGACGGGAAGAGGAGCGAUCAACGCGGCGGCAACGGACCACUCGAACAACAAUAGGAGCAGGGCGGCCAGAGAGUGCUACGGAACGGACACGACGGGUCGAACACCAGUCAAGCCUACGGUCCCUAUUGAGCUUAUCGGAUACCGAGACUAUGGAGGAGGAGAUCCUACGACAAAUCUUUGAAGAAGGGCUCCUUGAAGAUAUAGACCUGGACAGUCUGGAGCCUGGACAAGAAGAGGAACUCAGCGAGCGCAUUGCUGAUGCGUAUCGUCGAAGGCAUAAUAUAUUACGGUCACGCUCCCAGCGACGGCAGGAUGCCCCAGAAUUGUUGCAAACACAGAGGCAGCCCCAUGCUCGCUCGCAGUCUAUGCAGAGACCGCAAGGGUCGACUAAUAGCUCUUCCAACCCGAGAUCGCCUCUGUUAGAACCUCCUACGCCUCAUGGACCAUCAAACCACCGGAGGCAGCUUUCUGAGCAAGGGAGCAACCGUCGGAGGAGAACGUCUCCGGUACCUUUUAAUCCAGCUUCGUCAUCUGAUGUUACACUCGGUCCUGCUCAGAGAUCUGCAAGUGAUGUAAUUCCAGAACGUCCCCGGAACUCGCACUCACGACCGCGGCCGACCGGUUCUGCCACCACACGUUCCCGGCGAGCCAAUUCUUCUUCCGACCAAAGCGUCCCUAAUAUCGUCAUCGGUGAAAGAAAUCGAGCGUCUAGUCACACUCGUACCAGAUCAUCCAUCGAUUCUCCGAGAGUGACUGCCGCAGCAGCACGAAACCCGCUCGACACUCCUGGCUCUGUGCGUCCUCGGAAUGGUGUAUCCGAUUUCCUCACGAACAGCUCUGUCGUGGCCGAAAUCAAUGGCCCAGCCACGCCAGAGUCACGCCAGAGACCAUCAUCCUCUCGCUCCAAUGCGGUGGUGCCGCCUGCCGACUCGUAUCUGGAACCCAACAUUUCAUGCGAUCGCUGCGGAAAGCUCAACAUUCAGUACGACCUACAUGGAAAAUGUGCUCAGUGUAAAGACGGCGACUUCCAUCUGUGUCUUAGAUGUUACCGUUCAGGACGAGGUUGCUUAGAGUGGAAGGGGUUUGGGACAUCCGCGCAAGCUGAAUUUGUAAGAACGAGAUUAAUCCCAGGUGACCGACCCAAGCGACCAGAGGGAGCUCAUCAUGUUCUCCAAUCUUUCAAAUAUUCCCGUCCUCCUGAGACAGCCGUUCGAUUUGUGAGAGAUGGAAGAGAGAUGACUAGUGAUAACCCUGCGCACAGAUUACAGCAAGGCCUCUUUUGUGAUCGAUGCCAAUCCUCUGCCAACGAGGGCCUUUGGACCUGCAGUCAAUGCAAUCAAGGUGACUGGGGAUUUUGCAACAGAUGUGUCAACCAGGGCAAAUGCUGCACCCACCCGCUACUCCCAAUCUGCCGCGUCAGGCCAGCUCGCAGCCCGCAAGAGCAGCCCACUGCUGACAGCAACACGGAAACGUUGAAAUUAUUGAGCAUUACCACUCGGUGUGAUGCUUGCACCAGUCCCAUCUCCACAUCGACGCUUCGGUUUCACUGCCUCCAGUGCAAUAACGGGGAUUAUGACCUCUGCGCGAAUUGCUACCUAAAGUUUGUCGCAACGUCAAAAAUACGCAAGGAGAACGGACUCAACGGAUGGCGUCGCUGCCUCAAGGGCCAUCGCAUGGUUGUUAUUGGGUUCGAAGAUUAUCCUGAAGGACAGCGCCGCGUCAUUGCGCGCAACCUUGUUGGCGGCCACGCUUUGAAGGACAAGCAUCUUGCGUCGGCCUCAUCCCCAGCUCAAGCCGCCCCCAGCGCUGGCGGAACGCCUACAGCGGAGAGUCCAUCUACUGUAGGUGACUGGAGCUGGAAAGAAGGAUCUGAGCGUCGAAAGAAAACUUCACGCGUCCGUGACCGCAUACCGAAUUCCGAUCCAAGCACUCCUUCCUCGCUCGACCCUAAUCAGCCACAAAGCCCCGUCACGGCUCCCUCGGCCUCCCGUCGCUUCCCACCAGACGGCGGCGUCGGCCUAAUCGUACAAGCAAUGUGGUCCUGGUACCCAGAAGAAGGCGUUUACGACGAGCUAAUGUUCCCUCGUGGCGCGGAAAUUACGGAGGCGGAAAACAUCAACAAUGACUGGUACUGGGGUUGUUAUGCCGGGAUGACGGGGCUAUUCCCUGGCUCUCACGUUUCCAUCAUAGCAGAAAUUGCCUAA